AUGAGGGUCCUGGUUUACGUGCUGUUUGUGAGUGGACUUCUGCUGGACUGUGCCACAACUCAGGAAUCAAAAGCCACAAUGCAGGAUCUUAAAGAAGCAGCACAGAAGUUGGAGGAAGAUAUUGUGUGUGCAAUGUGGGACUGUGACUGUGCCUUCAGGACGCAGGGCUGUUGUUGUGGGAACACGGAGUUGCAGUUUCUGCGAGACCAGGUCAUAGAGACGUUCCAAAGCGUGUCCGGCAAAAUCAACCAGCUCACAGAAGAGAUCCUUGAAGUCAUAGGUCCAGUAAACGUCGCCUUCACUGCCUUCUUGGGGGAAGACGUCAAAUGCAUUGGGCCAUUUGAGCGAAAUGUCUCUAUCCCGUACAACGUCAUACCCCUGAAUGAAGGACAUGGGUACAAUUCUGUGCUGGGACUGUUCACAGCUCCAGUCUCGGGGGUGUACUCCUUCUCUCUGUCGGUGUACUGCAGAAUGCAACGGGCCGGUCAGCACAUGUACUACAAAGUGCAGCUGAUGAGGAACGGCAGUCCGGAGGUGGCUAUGUGGGAGGACAAUGCACAGGACAUGGAGGACAGCAGCUCUCACCGUGUGCUCCUGUCUCUGCAGCGGGGGGAUCAGGUGUAUGCAGAGCUGGUGCAGAACAGGACGCUUUGUGGCAACAUCGAGGGGCUCAACAGCUUCUCUGGGUACCUCGUCUACCCCGUGGCAGCGUGA